AUUUACACUAGUGCAUAGUGCAACCUCGUUCUCAUGUAUCAACCGUUGUUCUUGCUUGUGAAUAAAAAAAAUAAACACAUUUCACAAAAAUAAAAUAGUUUAUAACAAAUAAUUCUUCCGUUCAAUAAGAAAAAAACUGACACAUUAUUUACCCCACUGCUAUAUGUCUUAGCCGUAUGUUUUGAAAACAAGAGACUUCGCCCAAAUACAGAAAUCACACAUAAAAGGGUCACACAACUUUGGUACAUAGCAAAAAUCGAUAAAAUAUAAAUAAAAACUUUAAAUAUUUACUCGGUAAUAAAAUGUGAUUGUGCUAAGUUUUGUAUAAUGCGUUAUUAUAUUUAAAAAAAAUGAAAAAAUAGUUCUUCGUUUAGUUUGGCAAACGAAAUUACGCACAAAAGGACGAAUAUGCAUUCGGUUGGAAUACAUUCUGCCAUGGCUAUUAAGCGGCAGCGUAAAAGAAGAGAUGAACAAAAAAGAGCUCGAGAAAGAAGGUAUAGCACUCAAAGCUCCGAGAGUGGCGAAACAUUUCAUUCACCCAGUGGGUCUGUGAGACGCAAAUAUCAUCACCAUCAUGCGGCCAAGCCUGGACCUGGAAUGCUUGACAGUCAGGUUGUUACCAGCAUUGGAAUGCUUCAUAUUGGAAUAGUGUUCAUUGUUUUUGGAGUUUUUCUUAUCGGGGCAGGAAUUAUUCCAGAUGAGACAAUGUCCUGGAAUGUGUUUAGUUCCAGCUCUGCAUGGUGGAAUGAAGUGACUUGCACAGGACUAUUUUCCCUUGGACUAGGCCUAUUUUUAUUAGUUUUAAAUUGCCUCAUAAGUCGAAAGGAAGAGGAGGAUCUGGAGGAUUACGUACAGCGGCAGCUUACUCGGUCUCGUUCAGGGCACCGCCUUGAACGAGAUGUAGAAACUGGUGUGUUAACCACGCGCCAUGCACGUAAAGCUGUGGCCUUACAAAAAAGCGGCCGCAAUAACUCUCCCACAGAUGUCGCAGUCGUAAACUGCGCAUCUUCUGAUAAUUUAUCUAACGGACCGAUAGUUGGACGUAAUUGUAUGAAUAACUCUGGUGAUAUACUCCUCGAAAAAAUUAUCGAGGAAGAUACUCCCUAUUUAAAUGACAGAAGUGCAGGAAUAUCGCCGAUUGAAAUAGAAAAUGAUACGAAACAACUUUUAAGAAGGGAGUCUAUUACUGAUGCAAUCAAUAUCACACGAAUAUAAAACACUUACUUAAAGGUACAUACCUAUUGUACCUAUUGCGUAUAAUCAACUGCAACAAUUUUUUAAAGACAUUUUAGCUAACUAUUGUUAUAGCCAUUGUACACCCGUCGAAACAUUUAAAUGUUUGAAAAUACUAUAUUAUAACUUUUAGAUUCUAUAAACUAUUAUAAUUUUAAAACCAAAUUAUUUAUCGGGUUUUGCGGAAUGCGUCGAGCAAUGAAGUAUUACUGAAGAUUAGGAAACAUGCGAGGCUUAGCAACAGAUCGGAAAACUGCUAUUGGGCUUUUUGUACACUGAUUUUUGGCAGUUAGACGAGUUUGUCCAUAGAAUAUGGGAAAGCUGUGAUGAAUACCUGUGACUCCCAAGCUCAGUGUAAAAUAAAUUGCAUCAGAACGGGAAGCGUGACGUAUACUGAAUAUUUAAAAUACCCCCUCUGACUGAAAACGUAUAUUUUGGGGUCCCUACUGUAUUAUUUAAAAACGAAAUUUUAAUCAUUUUUGUUAUUUAAGCAACCCGUUUGUCAAAGAAAUAAAAAUCAAUGCAAAAAUUUUCGAAUAAAACAUGGUACCGUUUUACCCAAGUUAUAUAAAUCAGCUCCUCCACAAUGUUUAUGAAUCUACAUAUACGAGAUAGACUAUAACAUUUAUCUGCUGACUAGUGUAAUAAUAAACUAUUGCACAAUAAUUUAUAUUACAUAUGUAUGUACAAAUAUGAAACAAAAAACAGAUUAGGGCCGAUUUCUUAAUGUCAAUAUAAGCUUUAUCUGUCCUGUAAAGCGGGAUGAAUCCAAUGAUAGCAUUCAUUUUUUGUACUUCUAGACUAAGCAUUAGUGUUAUUUUAAAACUCAUGCAAAUAAUUGCAUUCCAAUACCAAAGGACCUUAUGAAAAUAUACUAAUUUAUUUAAUAUGUAAGCUUUAAACGCCUGAAUAAUAAAAAUGAUUUGUUUUUUGUUUUGAAUGAACAGUAAUUGGUGCUUUCCGUUUACUGAAUUCUUGUACCCAUAUUCAUAGUUGUGAAAUGAUUAAACCUAUAAAGAGCCAAGAAAUGCUGUAACUUGUUAUGUUUUGCUAUAUAUGGUUUAAACUUUUGCAAAAAAAAAAACAAUUUGGCAUUUCUUGACAUAUAAAGUCCCACAAAAUUCUAUGAAAGCCAAUCAAAACUUGUUACGUUACCAAUUGUAACAUUGUUUUCCUUUAAAUAUUUAUCCAUUGUUUAUUUGAAUUUUGAUUUUUUAUUGCUACAAUAUUUUUAAGAAAGAAAUCCUUCUUAGACUACAAAAAAACACACAAGAAAGAAGACUUUUCAAAGAAACACCGUUAUUGUCUGUAUAUACAUAUAUUUAGAUAUUUUUACGAUUUUUUCUACAACUAAGCCUAACUUUUUAUUACUUCG